AUGUCACCCACUCGUACUCGCCUUGCAGAGGUCAAUCAUAGCUUUGCUGCAAUGGUCAGUGAGGCUGAAGCACUCAAGGAGCGUGUAGGUACUGAAACCUUGAUUGUUGCAGUGCGAAGUUCGACCAACCUCAACAUGUUGCCCAAAGUCCACUUUACCAGUGAUGUGGUGUCCCACUUUUGUCUGCACACUCUUACACGAGGAUCCCAUGAAAUUUGGGAUUAA